AUGUAUCUUCUCAAGGCAUAUUUGGCAUAUGGUGUACCUGCUAAUUCCCUCAGAAGGUUAGCUUUGUUUCACAAGUCUGCGUAUAAUAUCGGUGGGCAAAUCAUAAAUGCAAACACCAUUGAAUACUCUAUCUUCCGCUUCCAGACUCCGCGGAACGGGCGUUGGCUUGAGACCAUUAUAUCCACCGCCUUGAGGAAGAAACCAGCCGAAGAUAAAGUAAGCUCAAUGUUCAGUCUUCACAAACCAGAGCCACUUGUAUGUUUUGCUCUUUGCACUGGUGCUCUCUCAGAUCCAGUGUUAAAAGCCUACACUGCAUCAAACAUUAAAGAGGAAUUAGAAGCAUCUAAAAGAGAGUUUCUUGGAGCAAACGGGAUUGUAAAGAUGCAGAAGAAAAUGUUGUUACCUAAGAUUAUAGAGAGGUUUACAAAGGAAGCUUCUCUGAGCUCUGAUGAUUUGAUGAGAUGGUUAAUAGAUAACUCAGACGAAAAGCUUGAGGAAUCGAUACAAAAAUGUGUACAAGGUAAACCAAACAACAAGAAAUCGUCUCAGGUCGUUGAAUGGUUAGCCUACAGUUCAAGGUUCCGUUAUGUUUUCUCAAAGGACAUGAUGGAGAAAAAGCCUUGGUGGGUUUAG